AUGAGAAAGGCUACAAAAGAAAUUCUUUUAAUCACUGGAAACAAAGAUAAACUUAGCGAGUUCCAAUCCAUUCUAUCUAACUCUAGUCUUAGUCUUACAUCAAUUAAUAUUGACUUGCCUGAGUAUCAAGGGAGUCCACUUGACAUAGCAAAGAUGAAAGCUAAAUUUGCAUUUAACAUAGUUAAAAAACCCUUAAUAGUAGAAGACGCAUCUCUUUGCUUUAAUGCCUUAAAUGGGCUGCCAGGGCCAUACAUCAAAUGGUUCCUAAAGGAGCUAAAACCAGCUGGCGUUGUUAAAAUGCUAGCAGGUUAUGAGGACAAGAGUGCUUACGCUUAGUGCAUUAUUGCCUACAUGAGCGAGGAACUCGAAGAUCCUUUAUGCUUCAUAGGAUAAACACCAGGUUUGAUAACGCUGCCCAGUUCUCCCAUUUAGGGUUGGAAUUAAAAUAGCUCAUGGCCAUUUUAACCCGAAGGAUACUCUCAAACAUAUUAAGAAUUACCUGCAGAUGUGAAAAAUAAAAUUUCUCAUCGCUCAAGAGCUAUACACAAAAUGAUAGAGUACUUUGAAAACUUGCAAUAAGCUGAAAAUACAUAACCACAAGCUUGA